CAUUCAUGGAGUCUUACACGUGUCAUCCAUACCUCUCUGUCUUCUUCUUCUUCUGUUCUUCAUUCCUUUUUCCUACUUCGUCGAUUUUCCAUUUCAAUUUCUUCUUCAGCCGGCGAUUAAGCUUCCCAAUAAGACAAUCUCCGACCGCCGCAACAUCACGAAGGAUUCUUCACCGUGUGAACUUUACGCAGUCUUUCCUCUUUCGUAGACGCUAAAGAAGUUGAAAUUGAUCUGAUCUCGUUUAGAUCUUAAUUGCAGCAGAUCUACCUUCGAUUCGAUUCUUCUCCUUCCUGAUAUCGCUUCAUUGUUCAAAUUCGGCACAAAAUGGUUUAUCACUCGAGUUUUGUGGAUGAAGAAGGAGUAACAAAGGCAUGUGGUUGUCCAUUGCUUCCUCUCAAGAGUCAUAUAAAAGGUCCUGCACCUGUUUCAGAACAAGAUAAAACUGAUAUAGUAGACGAGGCAAUCACCUUCUUUCGUGCUAAUGUCUUCUUCACAAACUUUGAUAUCAAAAGUCCUGCUGAUAAGCUCCUUAUUUACUUGACGUUUUAUAUAAAUGUGGCGUUAAAGAGGCUUGAAGGCUGUAGAACAUUGGCUGUUGGAACUAAAGCGAUUAUCAACUUGGGUUUAGAAGAUAUUCCUGUUCCUGGAGAAACUGGCUUUCCUUUCCCAGGUCUCUUUUCGCUUCCGCAGUCCCAGGACGAAGCAGAGCUUUUCAGGAACUAUCUUAAGCAGGUUCGAGAGGAGACAAGUGGGAGGUUACUGAGUGUAGCAUAUAGAGCCAACGGGACACCAAAUAAAUGGUGGCUUGCAUUCGCCAAGAGGAAAUUCAUGAACGUGGUCGUCCUAUGAUAAAACAGAGAAUCACUGCUGGUUAUUCUUCCUUGCUUGCUGCCCAUUACGAAUGAGGGAAUCCAAAGCCACUGGAGAUCAUGAGAAUCGCCACCUUUAGCUUCCUCUGCAUAGGUGUUAGCCACUGGAACCAGGAAGACGAAAAUUUCAUCUGAGAGCAGAAUGCUCUCUCUCUGUAUCUCUUGAUAUAUACAUAGAGUGUGCCAAUGUAUUGUUUCAUACAACUCCUGUUGGAAUAUAAAAUUUGUUGAUACAAGAUCAAAGUUAAAUAAGAAGAUUCUUUUAUUAUU